GUGGAAACCGAAGGGCGAACGCGCUCGGCUCUACCGGACGAACCGUUGAGCCACGGUAUCUAGUUUGCGCUGACAUUACCGCCACACGUUAAACUCCCACAACUGUGCUCACCGCCGACAGCAGACGUUCAGUAAACCCAGCGAAGCCUAGAAGUUGUCCGUUUCUUUCCAAGCGCCACUCUUCCAUGCGAGGAUGUGAAUUUCCACAGGAGGUUUUAGAGUCGUGCCAUGGUUUUGACCCGCGCGCUCCUCACAGAAAUGGGUCACUCCGCAUCUACAGGUACAUGAAUCUGAGUUCCACCGGCCAGAUGCCUGAGAUGGAAGAAGUAGAUACCAAUGAGAGCAACGGGUUGGCGAAGAGGGUUGCUCUCAUCAGCUUCCUGUCACUGGUCAUGCUCAUGAGCGUCCUGGGCAACCUGCUGGUUAUGGUGGCCGUCUGCAAGGACCGGCAGCUCAGGAAAAUCAAAACCAACUACUUCAUCGUCUCGCUGGCGUUUGCUGACCUUCUGGUGUCAGUGCUGGUGAUGCCGUUUGGUGCCAUAGAACUGAUCCAUCAGAACUGGAUCUACGGUGAGACCUUCUGCCUGGUCCGCACCUCUCUGGAUGUGCUGCUGACCACCGCCUCCAUCUUACACCUGUGCUGCAUAUCCCUCGACAGGUACUAUGCCAUCUGUUGCCAGCCGCUGGUCUACGGGAAUAAGAUGACACCGCUGAGAGUGGCUCUAAUGAUCGGAGGAUGCUGGAUAAUCCCAACCGUUAUUUCCUUCCUACCCAUAAUGCAAGGCUGGAAUAGUAUUGGAAUAAAUGAUUUGAUAGAGAAGCGGAAGUUCUCUGGCAACUCCACGGUGUGUGUGUUUAUGGUGAACAAGCCAUAUGCGCUGACCUGCUCGGUCGUGGCCUUCUACGUACCGCUGAUCCUGAUGGUGCUGGCGUACCAGCGCAUCUACGUCACGGCGCGGGCACACGCUCGACAGAUCAGCAUGCUGCAGCGGGCCGGAGAAGCAGGGAACGCGGACAGCGCGGACCACCAACGCAACCACCGCAUGCGCACCGAGACCAAGGCGGCCAAGACUCUGUGCAUCAUUAUGGGCUGCUUCUGCCUGUGCUGGGCCCCUUUCUUCAUCACGAAUGUGGUGGACCCCUUCAUAGACUACAGUGUUCCUGAGCAGCUGUGGGCGGCCUGCCUCUGGCUGGGCUACAUCAACUCCAUGCUCAACCCCAUCCUUUACGCCUUCCUCAACAAGUCCUUUCGCCGUGCCUUCCUCAUCAUCCUCUGCUGCGGACACAAGCGCUACCGCCGACCUUCCAUCCUGGGCCCUGGAGCGACCUGCACGGCCACGCAGAUCAACGGCUCGACACACGUCCUGAAGUAUUCAGUUCUUCACAAUGGAAACCACACUGAACAGGAGAAACUGUCAAUACAGAAUGACACAGAGUCCCAGGAGUCAUGUUUCUGACACAGGCCAGCCUCUGAUGAGGAGCAUCACUGGAAGGUGCCAUUUCUCACCACCCUGCCUGCAGCUCAGACCCGACCAGAGCCCUUCAGGAGUCGAGUACAGGGAGCUGCACUGAACUGUUUGCUCAAAGAGCUGCUGAACAAUGAGGGAAAGAACAAUGUUGCCAAAGGUAUCUGGUCUGUAUUUUAGGAUA